GUCGCAAAACCAAAGCAUAGGACUUCGCGUGGUAAACUGGGACACGACGCAGGCCAAUCUCACUGUGCGAUUGAGGUGGUCUUGGCCCCUACCUGCCGUUCACGCCUACGUCCUCACUGCCCCCAACUUGGCGGAUGUGAAUCCUCCAUGGGAGCCGCAGAAGGUUGCGCCCCAACCCUUUGUCGUGGCACCGCACUGCUCGGACGGCUUCCUCAGCGUGCUGAUGGAGCUGAAGCCAUGGUCUUUCGUGACAGCGUCCAUCGCAGCUCCUUUGCAAACCUGA